AUGUCAUUGCAAGCGAGAAGAGCCCUUUACUUCAAGUUUUGCGUGGCGGCGAAGUUCCGCUUGACCCCGGCGCCCACUUCUGCCAAAGAAAUCCUGUUUCUUCACGACAGUUUUGCCAAGUUGGCCACGCUAGAUUUCUUUCUGGUGGCUCCUGCUCACUUCACAGCUCCAAAUAGUUUCAACAGAGAAGUUUCGGUUGUGUUGAACCCGUUCCUUUACCAAAGCCAGGUCGAUCCGUUCAGCGAAACAGACCCCUCUCUCACACAAACAGUCAAUUCUCUUCUUCAGCGACAGCGCGAGAUCUCAGACUACUUACAUAGUAUCUGUGGAAUUCCACGCUACUCGUAUGUGGAAAACGACGAACUGUACUUUUCCGGGAAAGUGCUGGUUCCUUUCAAACAUACGCUCAAAUCAGGUGCUCGUCAUUUGGUUGGCGAGUAUUCAUUUUCCUCGUCUACAAUCAGCAAUCCAUUUGCAGUGGUGCAGUCAACCCAUCCGCAAAAGGAAAUCCUAUCCAACAUACGUCACAACUUUCAGAAAUAUCACAAGAUAGAGCCCAUUAUAAUAGAGCACGGCUGGCACGGGCUCCAGCGUAUUUUAGGUGCAAAAUCACACGUGAACGCCAAGGUGGAUAAAGGUGCUGAGUUAAACAUGGCUUGCAUUGCCAAUUUGGAGGAAAAAUUACCUAUAACUGAGCAACGCAAACCAACAAAAGACUUUCAGGGAUUUGUGUGA